AAACCAGCUCAGUUGCCAUUUAUCUGUAGACCGUGUACGCUGUUACCAAUUCACACUGAGCCUUGUGAGCGGAUGAAAUUAAAUCUUUAAGGGGCAGCAUUGCGUGCUUGCUUGCCUCUGCAUCAGUUCGUAUAUCUGUGUGUGUGUGUGUGUGUGUGUGUGUGCUAUAGUGUGUGUGUGUGUAUGGAUUGAAGUGAGCGAAAAAAAAAAGAUAACACAAAGCAAAGUAAAAGAGGCACACAAGUGAAAGAUGAAAAGUAGAGAAAAAGUUCGUGUAUAAAAGAGAAAUAACAAAAUUAAUUAAAUGAAGCUGCUGCAGAAACGACCAAAUAGACAACAUGAUAGGAGCCAAAUGGAAUCCAAGUGCAUGAUAAGCCAAGACCUCAACGCCAUUGAUGAAAAUUAGCAGAUGUUAAAGUAGAUAUAACGUUUAGAAUCCACACACACAUUAUGUCGCACAAGACGCAGCAACGACGCAGCACCACCACGGAUUUGGAGUGCCCACUUGCCUCACUUGGUCGCAACAGCAAUGCGGUGCGAGAUCAGCUGGCGGCGGCACAUUAUCAUCCCCAUCCAUUAAGCUCUAGCCCUUUGGAUCCGCAGGCCUAUAAAAUGUCACGAAAAUCGCCAUCCAUAGAACCCUUGCCAUCGCGGAGUUCUACUCCGCAACCAAAUGAAACAGCCAAUGGCAUUUGCCAUUUGGUGCAGCAGAAGGCAGCAACAUUUGAGCUACGAGGCCGAGGGCACACUCGGUCGGAGCAAAGCACCAUAUAUGGAGCAACACAUUCCACAGCCUCGGUGGGUAGGCAGGCGAAGCACAAAUCCAUAGACAAUGCUCCGGGACCAGCACCAGCCAUUAGGAGCACAGUUCCUGUGCCUCAACCUCGAAAUUUCCUCACACUUGAGCAUGUGCUACAGUAUGGAGCGCAGCGUUCCUCAUGGUUACAUGGCAACAAUGCCGAUACGGAGGACUCUAGCGAUAAUAAUACGGGGGUACCAAGCGGAAGUGGAAGUGGGACUGCUGCCGGCAGACGUCGGCCUCAAGGUGGACGUUGCAGUGUUCCCGCUGUGCUCACCAACAGCCGGACAGCUAGUAAUGACUAUCUAUUGGAUAAGAAAAUGGAAUCUCUGUUUUUGGGAAACGCAUUGCGGACAUUACCGCUAGGAGCCGAGGCGAGUCAGUACCAAAACGAAUGUUACUAUCUGGAGGACUACAGCAGUGGAGGAAGUGGCAAUGAGAGAUUAGCCGAGCGACUACACCAUCCACGCACUUCCAGUCCCAGCGAGACAAGUGGCUCGGAUCGUUACCUUCUAAAUCGUAGUACCAAUUCGCCAUCUAAUGGCUUCCAGUUGGAUCAUUCCCACACAAAAGUUGGCCAUGGCCUGUGCAAUUUAAGCUUGGAUCAGGGUUACGCCACGCUAGUAUCACCCUCUCCCCACUCGAGCAGUGGAGGAGGAGGAGGUGGUGGCGGCAGUGCCGGUAACGGUACUUGCAUAGGCGUCACAAACAUGACAAAAACGCAAAAUACUGACCAACACAGAUCAACAACUGGCACAACUGUGCCAGCAAGCGGAGACAUUGGUCCGCCACCGUGGAAUCGCAAGGGACCAUUUCGAAGUGGUCCCUACUUUGAACGUCUGCCGGACGAGGCAGUUGUACGUAUUCUAAGUUGGUUAGACAGCUGUGAACUAUGCAAUGUGGCUCGUGUCUGUCGAAGAUUUGAACAACUAGCCUGGCGACCCAUCCUCUGGAAAUGCAUUUCCCUGAGGGGAGAACACCUCAACGGCGAUAAAGCAUUGAAGAUGAUUUUCCGGCAAUUAUGCGGUCAAAGUUGUAACGGUUCUUGCCCGGAGGUAGAACGGGUGAUGCUCGCUGACGGUUGUCGCAUCUCGGACAAGGGCUUGCAAAUGUUAGCCCGGCGUUGUCCAGAGCUCACACACCUUCAGCUUCAAACAUGUGUGGCAGUGACCAAUCAAGUCCUAGCCGAGGUUCUAAACAAAUGCACCAAUUUGCAGCAUUUGGAUGUAACGGGAUGCAGUCAAGUGAGCAGUAUCAGUAGUCCUCAUGUGGAACCACCGCGACGUCUGCUACUGCAAUAUCUGGAUUUAACGGAUUGUAUGGAAAUCGAUGAUAUAGGCCUUAAAAUUGUUGUCAAAAAUUGUCCCCAACUUGUCUAUCUCUACUUAAGACGCUGCAUACAAAUUACGGAUGCUGGUCUAAAAUUUGUUCCCAGUUUUUGCGUUUCGCUAAAAGAGUUAAGUGUUUCGGAUUGUCUAAAUAUUACGGAUUUUGGAUUGUACGAAUUGGCAAAAUUGGGGGCCGCAUUACGGUAUCUAUCAGUAGCCAAGUGCGAACGGGUGUCGGAUGCAGGAUUAAAAGUCAUAGCUAGACGUUGCUAUAAGUUACGUUAUUUGAAUUCUCGUGGCUGCGAGGCAGUGAGCGAUGAUUCCAUAACAGUAUUGGCCAGAUCCUGCCCACGGUUGCGAGCCUUAGACAUCGGCAAAUGCGAUGUGAGCGACGCCGGACUGCGAGCUCUUGCCGAAAGCUGUCCGAAUUUGAAGAAACUGAGCUUAAGAAAUUGUGAUAUGAUCACGGAUCGUGGAGUCCAGUGCAUAGCAUACUAUUGUCGGGGACUACAGCAGCUUAACAUACAAGAUUGCCAGAUAUCCAUUGAGGGCUAUCGAGCGGUGAAAAAAUACUGCAAGCGUUGCAUUAUCGAGCACACAAAUCCAGGAUUCUGUUGAGAGUAGAAGAUGCGCAUAAAAGCUAAGAGGCAGGCCAUAUGCAACAAAGAUUGUUGGUUAUUUGUAAACUGUAUUUGUAUGUAUGUAUAUAUGACUGUAAGGAAGAUAUGGAGCUGGACAAGAUUAGACUUAGGCUUAGGUAGACUAAUUCUGGCUUAAUAAAUUAUUAUUCAACAUCUUUUACUUAUUA